AUGACCACCUUUCCUCGACACCCACUUCAGCUCGAUCGUCCUCAAUCAGGAUCAUUUCAUUCCUAUCGAACUUCCUUGACUCCCUCAACUCAUUCAACGGCUCCAAGGGAUAGUACGACCACUCCCCCUCGUACACCUUCACCAUAUCUCCCUAACCCACCUUCACCCAAGAUCACUCAUAAUGAUCCGUUGCCAUCCAUAAGAAUAGACGAUGAAGGCGAUGAGAAAGUAGAAGAAGGUCGCUACAGAAGAAAUAGUCUAGAAAGGACAAGGAGUUGGGCUGAAGAGGUCGAGAGGAAUAGGAACAGGUCAGAGAGGAAAGGUAAAGAGCGAGUAAAAGCUGUCCGGGAUGAUGAGAAUAGUCCAUAUGGCCAACCUUUUUGGUCAGUAUCGACCGAAGUGAUGGAUUCAUUGGUCGAAGCUCUGAGCCCGUCGUCAUCCCAAUUAUCACAUCUACCCAGUGCCGCUAAAGUGAUAGCUGCCAGUAGAAGAAGAAGUUAUCGUAUAGAUAGUGAUUCGGAUGAAGGUAAAAGUGGGGGGGAAGAAGAUGAAUGGUGGAAUGAAGAUACCUAUCGUCAGAAAGGAAGAUCGACUUCAAUGAGAUUACAGGUGAUCCAGCCGCAGUCACAUAGGGAACGACGAACGUCUGAAAGAGCUAGAAAGUCAAGUAGCAAGAUGACGAGAAAUGAUGAGAAAGAUAGAUCAAUUAGAUCGAAUGAGAAGAUAGCUUUAAUAUCUUUGCCUAGUCCUACAACACCUAUCACACCUACUACGCCCAACAUACCUGCCAAAACUUUCACUCCCACGACACCUAUUUUGUCUAUUGAUGAUAUCAUCAGGAAACAUUCACCCGGAGUGACGAAUGCUGAGAAUGUCGUCAAGGAGAAGGCAAGGAAGGAGAUCGAGGAUAUAAGACCUAGAUUGGCUAGCAUCAGACCGAAAUCUAUGGACGUUCUUACGCAAACAAAGAAGGAGUCGCGUGAUACAAAGGGGCUGUCGUCUGAGAUGAUCGUGCAGAGUAAUCACGAGAGUAUCAGCGUAGCUUCCGUACCUCAGAACUCUUCCCUGACUCAAAAUACUAGUACACCAGAUGAUAUGUUAAGGACCAGAAAAAUAUCAUUGGCCCAAUCAUCAACACCUUCCCGUCCAUCUCGAGCCAACAGUCUACCAAACGUGAAACCGAUCUUACGAACAUCUCAAAGUGCACACAACACACCUCGAAGAUCAGCUCUCAAUACAGGUGUCGGUUCUGGACAAGCUACUGGGACGGAGAACGAAAGCUUGGAAUCGCUCUCACAGGAAGUGAAGAUGACUACAGCUCUAUUAGAUCAGCUGGAACAGUCGGAAAAAUCAUCAACCAUCACAUCAAAUUCCUCUACACCCACUUCAAGUCGCAGGAUAAGUUUUCAAAUCUCACCUGAUAAGCGAUCUUCUGCAUCCGUUCGACCGAUGACACCUACCCGAAACUUCAAUGGGAACGGGAAUGGGAAAUUAUCUAAAAGGAAAAGUAUGCCUGAAUCGAGUCUUAUAGCACUUCAAUAUCAAGCGCAACUCGAUAUUCAGAAUCACUCUUAUGCGAUAUAUCUCAGAUCGACUCAUCUCAACAAGAUCAUAUCUUUACCGAGACAAUAUCCCGAAACACCACUUCACAUAUCAUUAGCAGAAGUUGGUAAUCCCCAUGGUAAACCUGUGAUUAUAUUUCUAGGUCUAGGAUGCGUUAGAUAUUUGAUUGCUUUAUUCGAUGACUUUGCCAAGACUUUUAAUCUCAGAUUGAUAUAUUGGGCGGAUAUAGUCACGAGGGUAUUGGACGUGUUAGAAAUAAGGGAUUUCCAAAUUUUGGCUCAUUCUGCUGGAUCACCUUAUGCUAUGGCACUUGCUCUGAGGAUGAGGAAUAGGGUGAAAGGCAAAGUACAUUUGUUGGCACCCUGGGUGGGAGCCGAUAUAGAUGGGGGCUACAAAUGGCUUAAAUAUAUACCCAACACAGUGAUCAAAUCUGCCACAGCUGCCGAAUGGAAAUUGCAAUCGUAUCUAAUUGGUAAACCACCUCCGUUAAGACAUAGCCCGAUAUCUCACGAUGCGAAUGCACCGGUAUCUAGCGAACAAUCUUCAAGGACUACACCACCCCUGCCGGAUGAGGAUGUUUUUGAAAAACCUAGAGAGAAACGAAUAUCGAUGAUCAGAUCGUCAAAUCGAGAUAGCAUCAUAAAUGCUGUUGAAAGAGAAAGACGAAGACCGCAAACCUCACCAUCACCAGGUUUAGUCCGGAGGGCUUCAAAGAGAUUACUCACUACACCUAGUAAGACAUCGGUAUCGAAGAACAUGGACCGUCGACUCAGUCGGCCUGAAUUGAGUAGAUCUGAUUCACCAACCAAGAACAUCGAUUCUCGAAUAGUUAUUCCAAUUCGACAGGAUUCUGGCACAUCCCUGACCUCAAUUAGUAGUUCUUUACAAACCAGCUUGAAGACUCCGACUUCCAUAUCCAGAUCCAGUCUAUCGCCAGGGAGUCGAGCUAGAUCAUCGAGUGUUUUAGAUAAAGACGACGAAAUUGAAGUUGAUGGAUUAGAUAUAUAUCCUAAUGAAGGAUUUGAUUUGCGAUCAUCAAAUUCAUUGGAUUCUCAAUUCGUUACGUCCCCAAUCAGUCGAUCGGCCUUAAUUCGAACACAGUCAUAUACUACCUCGAGCACGAGCCCGAGUGCGGUAGACUAUGGAUCGAUGAGUGCACCUUCAGGGGAAGGGUUCAGUACAGUGUUGAAUCAAGCUUCUCAUGCAGAGUGCGAACCUGGAACUACCUCUGAUCUAUUAUCGAUAGUAUUGAAUAAAAACAAGGAUGAUAAACCUUGGGGAUUCAGUUAUACAGAUUAUUCAGGAUCGGUAAAAGUAUACUAUGGAUCAUUGGAUGAUAAGAUAAAUGAAAAGAGUAUGAGGUGGAUGGAAAGAUCAAUGAAUGAUGUGGAACUGAUGGUUAGAGAAGGUGAAGGUCAUAAUUUGAUGACGUCGCAGAGGGUUAUGUGGGAUGUUUUUGAGAGUUUGGGAAGGGAUGCUAGAGGGAGGUGA